GCCAUGGUGGAGGGCCCGGGCUGCGCGCUCUACGGCGAGAGGCUGCGGGCGCGGGUGCGGCCGGGCCAGGCGGUGCGGAGCGCGCGGGGCGGCGCGACUGCUACAAGUGAGAAGAGAACCUCUGGUCACGAUUUCCUUAUAGGACAUGUUUACAGGGGUGUGGAGACAUUGGGAAAGGAACUUUUUAUGUAUUUUGAUCAGAAAGCUUUGAGGAUUCACUUUGGUAUGAAUGGUUCCAUGCGCAUUAAUCCUAAUGGAAGCAAAGACAGAAAUGGAGCAUUACCAGUUUUGGAGAUACAGCUUACAGAGGAUACUGUAUGGUUUUUUGAGGUGACACUAGAAUAUAGAAAUGCAGCUGAGAGUGAGCGGAAAGUGAGAAUGAUGGAAAGCUUGGAUGUCUGUUCUCCAAAGUUUAGCUUCUUAAGAGCAGAAAGUGAGAUUAAGCAGCAGAAAACCCGCAUGUUGUGUGAUGUGUUACUGGAUCAAGCAGUAUUACCUGGAGUGGGAAAUAUCAUAAAAAAUGAAGCACUGUUUGACAGUGGUCUUCAUCCAGCUGUUAAGGUUUGCGAACUGACAGAUGAGCACAUACGUCACUUGGUGAAAAUGACACGUGAUUUUACCCUGCUUUUUUAUAAGUGCCGCAAAACCGGGUCUACGCUCUACAAACACUACAAAGUAUACAAGCGCCCAGCCUGUGGUCAGUGCAAUGGGAAGAUCACUGUGUGUCGUUUAGGAGAAAGUAACAGAAUGACUUACUUCUGCUCUCAAUGUCAAAAGGCGGAUCUCCAGCUUGUCAAUGUUAGCAAACUGCCAACUAGAAAUAGCCUAAUUGGCUGGGCAUGUGGCAGGGGGUCAUGUUCUAAUGAACAUGUAGCUCAGAAAUCUGAAGAGGAGUGGACGUGUAUGUGCUGUACCCUAAUAAACAAGCCUUCUGCUGAAAUUUGUGAUGCCUGUUUGACUUCAAGGCCUGAAGUUCCAAAGACAGAGAAUGUUGAAGAUUCUGCAGGCUUUAACACAAACUUAAUGAAGUACCCCUGUAAUGAUUUCAGAAAACCAAGCACAGAAAUAAAGAUCAACAGGAAAGCUGCAUUUGGAACUACAACUCUUGUCUUAACAGAUCUUGGUAACAAAGCUGUUUUGAGAAAUAAUACCAAAAUAUCUGAUGGACAUUCUCAGUGUGUUGCUCCAAAAAGCAAUUGUAAACAAAUACAAAACAAUGUCUACCAGUCAGGUGGAAGCACAGAUGAGGAUUGCUCAACACAUGUAACUGCUAUGGCUUUGUCCUCCUGUCAGCAACCUCUCUCUUUCAAACACGUACAGAAGAAACAGAAAACUGAUCAUAUACCCUUGGUUCACCAAUAUAAUAUAGCAAUCAGCACAUCUCAACCUAAUAUGACAGAUGAUACUUGUAUGUCAAGCAUGGGCCAUCCUCGCUGCAGUAAACACAGCCGUCUCUGCAGCCUCAGAGUUGUGAGAAAGGAUGGAGAAAACAAGGGCAGGCAGUUUUAUACCUGCCCUCUACCCAGAGAAACUCGAUGUGACUACUUUCAAUGGGCUGACUUGGAUUUUCCAUUUUGUAAUCACAGCAAGCGAUGUGUUAUGAAGACUGUGUUGAAGAUUGGUCUCAAUAAUGGGAAGAACUUUUUUGUGUGCCCUCUUGGAAAAGAAAAACAGUGUGGCUUUUUCCAAUGGGCAGAAAAUGGGCCAGGUAUGCAGGUUAUUCCUUGAGGUGAAUGUUCUAGUUAUCUGCUCCUCAGGAUGUCUUCAGGGCAUACAACUUUGCUAGUCAUUUCUGGUUUGCUUUUGUUUUGUCUUUUUCCCUGUUCACUGGUUAAUUAGUAAAAUAGCUCCAACAACGUAAACAACUGCAGAUUUGGAAAGAGUAAUUUUACAUAGUCCUAUAAAAAUUAAAACACUGCUUUCAUGCUGCAUAGUAUUUUGAAAUAAACAUCUAGCUUGCAAUAUAUUGUAACAUACUAUUAUAUUUCUAAUAAAAAAAUUGAACUGUUUUCUUUUUUUAUGUAAAUACCACUGAAUUUUGACAGCACUGCCUACUUUCAAGCAUAUGUGAUUUGUAGAAUGGAUAACUUAAUCUAAAUUAGUAUUUUAAAUUGAUAGACUUUUUCAUAAAUGUAAACCUGUACUUGAUAAAAGUUAAUAAAAACUGAAUAUACUUUUUU